CCGCGUCACGUAAAUAACCCCCCCGUCUGUCGAAAAAGCCGAAGUCCAAAGCAGUUGGUCGCUCGCUCCCUCGCCCGCCACCGCCGCGUUGGACUUUUCCCUCGCCGGAGAAACCGCCGCGACCACAGCCGCAACCGCCGCCACCGCCUCCGGAGGAGGAGGAGGAGGAGGAGUAGUACUACCAGGGAGGGAGGAGGCCAUGGCGGGGAGGUACGACCGCAACCCCUUCGACGAGGAUGACGUCAACCCCUUCGCGGGAGGAGGUGUACCCCCUGCUUCUAAUUCUCGGAUGCCACCCCUUCCUCACGAACCUGCUGGAUUCUAUAAUGAUCGCGCUACCGUGGACAUACCUCUUGGUUCAUCGAAGGACUUAAAGCAAAAGGAGAAAGAACUGCAGUCGAAGGAGGCUGAGCUUAACAAACGGGAAAGAGAACUUAAAAGAAGGGAAGAAGCUGCAGCUAGAGCUGGUAUUGUCAUUGAAACGAAAAACUGGCCACCAUUUAUGCCCAUCAUUCAUCAUGACAUUUCAAAUGAGAUACCAAUCCACCUACAAAGGAUGCAGUACCUUGCAUUUUGUUCAUUGUUGGGAUUGACGUUAUGCCUCUUUUGGAACAUCAUUGCAACUACCGCAGCAUGGAUUAAAGGGGCAGGUGUUGUCAUCUGGUUGCUAGCAAUUAUCUACUUCAUCUCUGGUGUCCCUGGGGCCUAUGUGCUAUGGUAUCGGCCGCUUUAUAAUGCAAUGAGGACUGAAAGCGCUCUGAAGUUUGGAUGGUUUUUUCUGCUGUACUUGAUCCAUAUAAUAUUCUGCAUCUGGUCAGCUGUGUCUCCCCCAUUUCCUUUCAAAGGAAAAUCUAUCGCUGGGUUUUUGCCGGCAAUUGACGUCAUAGGCAGCAACGCUAUUGUGGGGAUAUUUUACUUUGUUGGAUUCGGACUGUUCUGCCUUGAAGCACUGCUCAGCAUUGUGGUCAUCCAGCAAGUAUACAUGUACUUCCGUGGAAGUGGAAAGGCUGCUCAGAUGAGGCAAGAGGCAGCACGUGGUGCUAUGAGAUCUGCCUUCUGAUAGAGCGGUCUCGCUGAUGAAUGGAUGAGAAUAGGAUGUGCCAGUCGGUGAUGGCGUCUUGUCUUUGUACAUCCCUAUACAUAUCUGUGGGUGGCUGAGAGAGAAUACCUGUAGCUAUAGAUCUUCUUGCAUUCUUGUAAUAUAUAGGAGUGCUUCAUUCCUUUUCUAGGCCCCAGAUCCAUGUGCUUUAUAUGUAGCUUAAUCUUUUGGGAGAUACAACUUCCACCAUCACUAUUCUGACGAGCUUGAUUGCAAUGUCACUAUAUUAUGGUUAAUGUAUGUGAAGUGCUAAAACUA